ACUCGUCCCUCGAAAGCAUGUGCGACUCGCCCUCAAAGCGUCACGACCGGUAAUAGUGAGUCAACUCUUGAUCCAUCGCCCAAGAUGAGCGUGAGUCAGGCCUUGCCCCUGGCGAGAGGCCAUCCGUGCUCAACGUCUCAGUUAUUCAAAGACCUCAUCUCCUCGAUCGAUCCGACUGCCGCACGCCCGUCGCAGCCCGUGUCAACUGUUGCCCAAACGCCCUCCUCUGGUCCGCCGAAACCCGUGCCACGACCCGUUGCCUCGGCGGAUAGAGCACAAUCACCAGCGCUGAAGCGCAAAGCGUCGGGCCCGGUAGACAGUGGACAUGUCAAGAUUCAGCGCAAAGAUGCCCUUCCUCAAACGGGUCAAGCAAAUGGCGCUGCACGACCUGCCGCGCCGUCCGGGCCCACGAAACCAAAUCCUCCCGCGUCUUCAACGACAGGAGCCUACCGUGGGACUGCCGGGCUGAGCGCCCCCAGACCUGCGAAUAUGCCCGUAAAGAAGCCCAAUGCUCCCAGCAGCACUCAGACGGCCACCCCGAAGGCAGUAGCGCCUGCACUGAAGCCUGCGGGAGUAGUUCCUGCUUCAGCAGCUCCAGCUCCAGCUCCAACAAAGAAACCUGGUGGAUAUUUGGCUAUACUACAGAAGGCAAAGGAGAAGGAUCAGACCAAGCCUCUUGCUCCUCCAAUCAAGCACGAGGCUCCAAAGAUCAUGACAAAGAGGGAGCGCGAACAGGCUCGUUUGAAUGCAAAGGCAGCCGCAAAAGGGAAGAAGCCCAGUGUAGCUAUACCAGCAAAAGCUAUGAACGGCAAGGGAGGGGCCGAGAAGGAGAAGAAGAAGCCAGUAGAGCUGGGUUAUCAAGGCACUGCACGGCCCGCCAAGAAACCAGUCGAACUUGGUUACAAAGGGACCGCACGACCAUCAGCUUCCGCCGCACCUGCUGGGAGACCAGGAGCCUCCGCAGCCAAAGCUAAAUCGAAAGUAUCUCAAGGUCGCUAUGGCGGGUACGCCAGCUGGUCAGACGAAGAGUUGGAGGAGGAGGAUUACGAGUCUGAGGAUGACUUGUCCGACAUGGAAGGCGGCAUCUGGGAUGUCGAGCAGGAGGAGCAGGCCGCCCUUAAAGCAGCCAAGCAGGAGGACGCGGAGGCGCUUGCAGAGGAGGCGGAACUGAAGCGCCAAAAGGAGGAACGGAAGCGAAAGCUAAUGGCCAUGAGCAAAGCGGCAGCGAACAAACGCAAGUACUGAUCUGCCACUUCUCGGAGCUUGGGCCCGGAUACAUGGCAUACCUGGAUGGGGGCGUUGUUUGUGCAUUUUCAACUGCAUACCCAUGGAGCUUAAGGCUGCGUGGUGGGGUUUUCGAGCGGUAUGGCAUCUGCCACAAUAGCGAUGUUAUGGUUUUUGAUAUCAUCGUAAGUCUCUUCAUUAGACCGGUACUGUAUAGUAUCAGAAGGCUGUUAGUGAUUGUGGCCUCCAGUUCGCAAACUAAUAUUCGGU